UAUUUUUCUUUUGAUGUUAAAUUAAUUGGUGAAAAUAACUUUCUCUAUAAUGUUACUAUGCAAAAUUGCCUUCUUUCGAGUAAAUUCAAGGUGUGUUAAAUAAUAGUUAGCAAAUAUUACCCAUGUACCGAAUGUUUAUGAGUUGUAAUUUUCGAACGGGUUUUAAACUGUUCAAAGAGCUCGCAGUGGAUUUGGAGAAAGAAAAUGAGUCUGAAAGGGUAACUUUAUUUUAUGCUUUGAUUAUUUUUCUUUUGAUGUUAAAUUAAUUGGUGAAAAUAACUUUCUCUAUAAUGUUACUAUGCAAAAUUGCCUUCUUUCGAGUAAAUUCAAGGUGUGUUAAAUAAUAGUUAGCAAAUAUUACCCAUGUACCGAAUGUUUAUGAGUUGUAAUUUUCGAACGGGUUUUAAACUGUUCAAAGAGCUCGCAGUGGAUUUGGAGAAAGAAAAUGAGUCUGAAAGGUUAAAAGAGCUGGACAAUGCCCAUGUUGAAUUGUUGAAUGCUUAUGUGGACUGUAUGAAUUUUUCAUCAGCAGUUCAAUCUCUGGGAGAAAACUACCAACCCGGGCCAGAGCUAUCAGAUUUCAAGAAGCUGCUUGCGAGUGAGAUUUCGAACGUCAAAGCUAAUUCAUCAGGAGAUCUACAGAACCUUCAACUUAGACACGAAUUCAAGCAAGCUAUCUGGAAUGUUCAUCACUCAGGGCAACCUAUGCCCGGUGAAGAGCAGGAGGACAUUGUGAUGACUGGUACACAGAACAAUCUUCGUAAUACCACUUGUCCAAUAAGUGGAAAACAUGUUUCUGAAUUAGUGGAUCCAGUGCGAAGUAUGGAAUGCAAGCAUAUUUAUGAAAAGAAUGCAGUCAUGGAUUACAUAAGGAGAAAACAACAAGCUGCUCGGUGCCCCGUUGCAGCUUGUCCUAGGAUAUUGCAUCCAAAGAAGGUGGUGUGUGAUCCAUUAUUACGUAUUGAAAUUGAGGAAAUGCGCACACAGUUUAAGGGAACUGCUACUGAAGUUAUCGAAGAUUUCACCGAGCUUGGCGAAGAAUAGCAUGUCUAGUGAAAAUAAUUACAGCAAAACUAACCUCUUCAGAUCUUGAAUCAAUGUAUAUGGAGCAAAAUUUGUACAUGCUACUAAUGGAUCCUUAUGGCUGCAGGCCUUCAGUAUGCUUAGAUGCACUAGAAAACUCUUUUAGGCCACAUAUUAAAUGAAAACAAGUUACAUUUUUUUUUCUAA